ACUGAGCUAAACGUCGUGUCGCGCAAUAACUACGUCACGCUCUGGAGAGAAACUCCGCGCACGCAUAUGACGUAAGCACAGCUUGGGCUACUGAAAACAGUGGAGCUCAGACUUGCAACGAAAACAGCACAACCAUGAACUGGAACAAAGGUGGUCCGGGUGUGAAGCGAGGUUUUGGAUUUGGAGGAUUCUCCCUCUCGGGGAAGAAAGAAGAACCUGAACCUACUCAGAAAUCUCACACUUCAUUGGGAGCCAGGGGAGCUCCUGGGGCCUACGGGAAGAACCAGCAGCUCCCUUCAUUCUACAAAAUAGGGACCAAGAGAGCCAAUUUUGAUGAGGAAAAUGCGUACUUUGAAGACGAUGAGGAGGAGUCCAGUAGCAAUGUGGACUUGCCUUACAUCCCAGCUGAGAACUCACCCACUAGGAAGCAGAUGCAGUCUGGUGGUGGCUCAGAUAGUGAAGAUGAUCCACUUGAUGCCUUCAUGGCAGAAGUGGAGAACCAGGCAGCUAAAGACAUGAAGAAACUUGAGGAAAAGGAGAAAAAUUCAGCCAAGGGUAUACGUGAUGACAUUGAAGAGGAAGAUGAACAAGAAGCCUACUUUCGCUAUAUGGCAGAGAAUCCUACAGCUGGGCUGACCCUAGAGGAAGAGGAGGAAAACAUUGACUAUGACAGCGACGGGAACCCCAUCGCACCUACUACAAAGAAAAUAAUCUUACCGCUUCCUCCUAUCGAUCAUUCAGAGAUUGAUUACUCACCAUUUGAGAAAAACUUCUAUAAUGAACAUGAAGAACUCAGCUGCCUGACAGGAACACAAGUGAUAGAUUUGAGGCAGAAACUCAACUUGAGGGUAUCUGGUGCAGCCCCUCCAAAACCUUGUACUAGUUUUGCUCACUUUAGCUUUGAUGAGCAGCUAAUGCACCAAAUCCGCAAAUCUGAAUACACUCAGCCAACACCCAUUCAGUGCCAGGGCGUUCCCAUAGCUCUGUCCGGACGGGACAUGAUCGGCAUUGCCAAAACCGGCAGCGGUAAAACUGCUGCUUUUAUCUGGCCCAUGCUGGUCCACAUCAUGGACCAAAAGGAACUCGAGGCAGGAGAAGGGCCCAUUGCGAUCAUCGUGUGUCCCACCAGAGAGCUCUGUCAGCAGAUUCAUGCAGAAUGUAAGCGUUUUGGAAAAGCCUACUCACUGCGUUCUGUGGCUGUGUAUGGAGGAGGCAGUAUGUGGGAGCAGGCCAAAGCUCUUCAGGAGGGAGCAGAGAUUGUUGUGUGCACUCCGGGUCGUCUGAUUGACCACGUUAAAAAGAAGGCCACAUCCCUGCAGAGAGUGUCAUACCUGGUGUUUGACGAGGCAGAUCGCAUGUUUGAUAUGGGCUUUGAAUACCAGGUCAGAUCCGUUGCUAGCCAUGUUCGCCCGGAUCGACAGACUCUUCUGUUCAGUGCUACUUUCCGAAAGAAGAUAGAGAGGCUGGCGAGAGACAUCUUAGUAGAUCCGAUCCGUGUGGUGCAGGGAGAUAUUGGAGAGGCCAACGAGGAUGUAACCCAGGUGGUGGAGCUGCUGCCCGUGGGGGGAGACAAGUGGGGCUGGCUGAUCAAGCGGCUGGUGGAGUUCACCUCCUCGGGCUCAGUUCUCAUCUUCGUCACCAAAAAGCUGAACUGUGAGGAGCUGGCUACCAACCUGACCCAGGAGGGCUACAGUCUGGGCCUCCUGCAUGGAGACAUGGACCAGAGCGAGAGGAACAAGGUCAUCAGUGACUUCAAGAAAAAGAAUUUGCCCAUUCUGGUGGCCACUGAUGUAGCUGCUCGUGGUCUGGACAUCCCGUCCAUUCGCACAGUGGUGAACUACGACGUGGCACGAGACAUCGACACGCACACACACAGGAUCGGUCGAACCGGUCGAGCUGGUGAGAAGGGUCUCGCUUACACUCUCCUCACCACCAAAGACACAUCAUUCGCCGGUGACCUCGUGAGGAAUCUGGAGGGAGCAAAUCAAGGGGUUUCAAAAGAGCUGAUGGAUUUGGCCAUGCAGAAUCCAUGGUUCAGGAAAUCCCGCUUUAAGGGCGGUAAAGGAAAGAAGAUGAAUAUUGGUGGAGGUGGUCUCGGUUACAAAGAGAGGCCCGGCCUGGGAGCUGAAAGUUCUGAACGUGGUGGUGGUGGCGGAGGUGGCGGCGGUGGCAGCAGCAGCAGCAGUAGUAGUAUGUUGUCUUCCUCUAGCAACUAUGAAGGCUUCACCAAAUCAAACACUGGGGCAAUGGGAGAUCGCAUGUCUGCCAUGAAACAAGCCUUCCAGGCCCAGUAUAAGAGCCACUUUGUUGCUGCAUCUAGUGGCCCCCCAAAGCUCAGCGCCAAGUCCAGCAGCUCUUCAGGCUGGACCAGCGCUGGCAGCCUGAGCUCCGUGCCGACAGAGUCCGCUAAUGGUUCAGAACGGUCCCAGGCCGUCUCCAUGUCCAUGGCCGGCUUCACCAGCGCCGGCUCCCUCAGCUCUGUGCCCACCGCUCAGACCAGUCCACAUCAAAGCUUCCCUCCACCAGCUCCUCCCUCACCGAGAGACAGCUCUCGAGACAGACACAGUGAGGACAGAGGGCGUGACAGUUACCACCGCCACAGCGACCGGAGCGAGAGACACGGCGGCGACGAUCGCCACGCUGAUCGUGAUCGACAUGGUGACAGAGAUCGGGACCGCCAUGGUGACCGAGACCGCUACAGCGGCGGCAGCAGCCGCCACAGCGAUGGUCGUAACGGAGAUGGAAGCAGGAGAGACAGAGAAGAGCGGAGGAGUGAGAGGGACGGGGGAGACAGAGAAGAGAGGAGGAGUGAGAGGGAUGGGGGAGACAGAGAAGAGAGGAGGAGUGAGAGGGAUGGGGGAGACAGAGAAGAGAGGAGGAGUGAGAGGGACGGGGGAGACAGGGGGAGCGGGGAGGGGAGGGACAGAGGUGGAGAUGAUAGCUUUGCCGUCCCUGAACCACCAAAACGUAGAAAGAGCAGGUGGGACAACUAAACACAGAAAUAAACACAUUAAUUAAAAUGAAAAUUACAUGUGCAACCAACUGCUCCAUGACGAGCUUGUCUCUUGUGUAGGCAGACAACAGAGCAUAUCAAGGGCUGACACAAGCACAGGACUGAGGACUUUGUAUAGAUGAGAACUGACGCUCCUGUCAGGUCGGUUAGGACUUCAUCAUUUGUUCAGAGCUUAACAGUGUGUAAGUCAUAAACACAAGCAGCCCAGAGACAGCCCCUUGUACAUAUACCAUUGAGACUGUUGUUAUUGUAAGUCAGUAGGGUCGAGCAAUAGAACUGUAAGGAAUCAUGAUGUUGGAUUGUUUUGUCUUCUUUUCCUUUCACUGAGCUUGAGACAUGCCUUUGUGCUCGCCAACUGAUUGCUUUGUUUUGGAUUUUUGCCAGCCGUGUUUGUGUGUUUGCAAUUUGUUAAUUGACUAAGCUAAUUGCUAACUUUUGAAGGCGUGCUGUGAACGUCAAAAAAAAAAACAACGUACAUGUCAAGAACUAUAUAGAGCUUUCUUUGUGUCUUGUAUUCAAGUUUUAGUGAAGUGCCUUUCUCUGGCAUUUAGUCUCUCUAUGCUUUUUAAAUGUUUUUCAAAAUGAUGCAUUUGUUUGUAUGAGAGGAAUUUCAAGUGUUUAUUCACACAUGGAAAAUGUGAGGUUUUGAUUAAAAAGAAACAUAUGGCAUCCAC